GGUCUCGGCGCGGGUCGGCGCGGGCGGCGGGGCCGGGGCGGUCGGGCAGGCAGGGCCUCCGCGGGGCCGCAGGGCCAUGGGCUGCCGGGCCGCUCCCCUGGCCGGGGGUGCGAGCUGUAUGGGAUAAGAUCUUUCCAGAGUAAUAAGCAUGGUUCGGCAACGAAAAUGUGUAUUGUGUCACAUUGUGUACAACUCAAAAAAGGAGAUGGAAGAACACAUGAGAAGCAUGCUUCACCACAGAGAACUUGAAAACCUGAAGGGAAGGGAAAGCAACCAUGAAUGCCGGGUGUGCAGGGUGACACUGGUGGGUUUGUCAGCAUAUGCCAAGCACAUCUCCAGCCAGUUGCACAAAGACAAUGUUAAUGCCCAUGACAGAAAAGAGGAAGAGAAGGAAGAGGCAGAAGAAGAAUACCUUGACAAAGAACUCAUUCAACUAAUCAAGCAAAAGAAGGAACGGGAAGCUGAACCAAGUUGUGCAAACCAAGAAUUAGAAUGUGAUGACAGGAGAUCACAGAGAAGGAAAGAAGAAAGAGCUACUUACAAAGAAAGAGAAGCUUAUGAUCAGUCAUCGUGGCAUCGUCACAAUGCACCGCAAAGGGACUGGAAGUGGGAAAAGGAUGAUUAUAUUAGUCCUAGACAAGGCAAAUUUUCACACUCUCAGAGGAACCUCAAUAUAAACAGACAUUCAGGUGGCCCAAGGGGGCGCUCUGGGUGGCACCAGAAUGUUUCAGGAAGCUCUUCAAAUUGGCAUAACUAUGGGAAUUCUGGAAGUGUCCGGCAUCCGAGUGGGCGGGGAGGAGGAACGUCAAAUUGGCAUCACAGUGCCAGGGAAAGAAAUUCUACUUGGCACUCAGAGGAAACAGGUCAUUUUUCUAGCUGGAAUUCUAAGAGUUAUGGAGGAAACUGGAAAUCGAGUCCUCAUGGUGCAAAUGGCUGGAAUUUUGGAAGCUCAGGAGAGUCCUAUUCAUCAGAGCCAAUUAAAUACAAUAAGGAGAGGUAUCCAUGGCAGCGGCCGGAGAAAGAGGAUGUUCUGCCAUACAGGAAUCAAAGAAAGAGGAGCGACUUGCUUGAUUUUACUAGCGAUAAGCUUCCUUCUGAGGGGGCGUUGGAUUUCACUAUGUCAAAGCAACCAGAAAGCAAAACUUCAAGACCCAGUGGAAAAAGUGUCAGUCCUUCCAGAGAUAAAACAUAUCGCUGGAGUCCCUACCCAUCACAGAAAACUGCAGAGCAGCAACCAUGGUCUGAAGAUAAUGUUUCUAAAACUCCGGAUAAAAUGGAUUCUGUACUUACGGCUUCUACUGAUUCAUCAAUGACAGGAAAAACUUGUGAAGCCAGUGUUAGCCUUUCAAAACUUAAAGAACAGGAAGCAUCUUCCUCUUCUAAUGUAACCUCAGAUCACCUUGAUUCUUGCAAGGUAAAGCAAGACUGUUCCAAUGGUGAAAAGCCUAACAAAGAUGAUAGCAGAAGUAAUAAGAUGCCAUCACUGAAAUCCCCUCUUCUGAAUAUCACAGAUACAAAGUUAUCCUUGACAAAGCAAGACACAAACAGUCUCUUAAAAAAUGUCAAGCUUCUUUUAUCCUCAACUGGCAGUAAAGAGCAGAAUCAUUUGAACGCAGUGAACUUGGAAACAAAUGGUUUCUCCUCUUAUUCAUCGAAACUGCAUGGUGUUUGUGCUGAUAACAUACAAGACAACAAAGAUGUGCUUCGUAGCAGUCUUGGAGGGCCUGUUAAUAAUUUCAGUGAAGCAGAACAAAAUCCUGAAGAUGUUCAGUCCAACCAUUCCUUGCAUAAUGCUCCCUUAAACUCUUGCAAGGAUACAAGUGAAGAAGCUGGGAAAGCAUUGCCAAAGAAGGAAUUCAGACUAGAUUCAUUAGACGAUGUGAAUGGUGAUGACUUAAUGGGAAGUGAGAAGUCAGAAGCAAGUGUUGACAAGUUGGGUUCUUCUGUUAGGUCUUAUUUACCCUGUGACACUCCUGAAGGUAGACUCGCCACCUUUGAAAAGAAAGAUGAUGAAAAGAUAGCUGCUUCAAGUAUUGCUUCUGCUGAACUAAAAAAUUUUACGUUUCGGAUAGAAUCCACAGUUUCUUCAUCAAGCAGUCAGGACGGUUUGCAUGUGAGUUUGAAAACCUCGCAGGAUGGAGAAGGGAAUGAAGAGUGUGUCAAGUCACAUGAUCAAUUUGAAAUGGAAGGUUUUGAAAAUCCUUCAGAUAAUGAGCUUCAAAAAGGAGGAAGCCAGUCAGGAGGCCUUCUUCCUGAUUUAAGCAAACUUGGCCUCCCUGCUUCUCUGCAAAGAGAUCUGACACGGCAUAUUAGUCUGAAAAGCAAAGUCGGGACACAUCUCCCAGAGCCCAACCUCAAUAACGCACGGCGCAUUCGGAAUGUGAGUGGCCAUCGGAAAAGUGAGGCAGAGAAGGAGUCGGGGCUUAAACCCACCCUCAGGCAGAUCCUUAGUGCUUCCCGGCGAAAUGUAAACUGGGAUCAGGUCAUCCAGCAGGUAACCAAGAAAAAACAGGAACUUGGCAAAGGUUUACCAAGGUUUGGCAUAGAAAUGGUGCCUCUUGUUCAAAAUGAGCAAGAAGGUCUAGAACUCAGUGAAGAUUCUGAUCUGUCUACUCUAGAAGGAUUCCAGUGGGAAGGGAUUUCCUUAGCGGUGCCUGGCUCAGCCAGAAAACGUAGCUUUUCUGAAAGCAGUGUCAUAGCAGACAGAAAUCCUUCUGCUUAUAGCUUUUUCAGUGGACAAGCCAAAAUAAAAGGACAUGGGCAAAGGCAAAUAAUUGCAGCCAGCCACUCACAUCACAUAACAUCUGGAUAUGAGGCAAACACUGACAUUGAGGCUGACCAGAAACAGGAGACAGAUGCAUCAUCUCUUACUUUGUCACCUUUUAUGUCUGAAAGAACUGAGACUACUGGAAGAAGUCACAGCCUAGAGGCUGCCUCUGAGAUCACAGGCCUCACAAAACAAGAGCAGGAGAGCACAGAAAAGAGAACACCUCUUCUUGAAAAACAAAAUGUACUAGAGAUCUCAGAAGAAAAUCGUCCAGCUUCAAAUAGUGCUUCACUUCUUGCAGUGUCUAAUAACAUAGAUGCAGCUACAGAUAGUAGCUGCACAUCUGGAGCUGAACAGAAUGACAGCCAAGGAAUCGGAAAGAAGCGGAGAGCAACUGGAGAGGGAUCAUCUCCUGAAAUCCCUAGUCUAGAAAGAAAGAAUAAGAGAAGAAAAAUCAAAGGUAAAAAAGAACGUUCUCAGGUAGACCAGUUGUUGGCUAUUUCACUGAGAGAAGAAGAAUUAAGCAAGUCCCUGCAGAGUGUGGACACCAGUCUCUUGCAGGCUAGGGCUGCCCUGCAGGCUGCCUAUGUCGAGGUUCAACGGUUCCUUGUAUUAAAGCAACAGAUAACAAUGGAAAUGAGCACGCUGAGAAGUCAGAGAAUCGAGAUCUUGCAGGGGCUACAAGAAACAUAUGAACCUUCUGAACUCUCAGAGCAACUUUCCUGCAGUGUCUUAAGUGAGAGAAGAAACAGCAAAUCUCAGACAGCAACUGACUUAAUUCCUGCAGGCCCUCUCCAGCCCCUUUUGGACCCUUUGUAUUCUUCUGUGCCUCCAGUAGGAUCUUCUGUUCAUGUAAACACGCCGUCACCAUUCCAGUCCACUGGCAGCACACCUGCCAAUACUCCUGACUCCUCAGUACAAAUUAAACGAGAACCUAUGUCUCCAAAAGGCACCAAGGAAAACGCGAAUUCUGUACUCCAGAGCUCUCCAUGUGCUUCACGAGCAGAAGAAACAGAGCGGAAGGAUGAAGAGACCAACCAGAAAACUUCAGUGUAUCCAGUUAUCUCUGCAACCAUAUCCCUAUCAGAGCUGAUAUCUUGUUUCCAACACACUAAUCAAGAUGUCCACAAGCCUGCUGCAGACAGAGGAAAUUCUGGACUCCCUGAGAACCCUUCUCCUCAUUCACUAUCUGUUUUCAGCAAAAGCGAGGCAAAUGAUACAGCACCUGAAGGAUUUUUACUACAUCAGUGUAGCACUUCUCUUUCAAAGCAUUCAGUCGCCCUAGAAAUGCCAAUGGAUAAAACACCCAAAUUGUCAGCAGAACCAUCUGAGCAACACUUGGCAGCCACUGUAGUCCCAGCAGAAAAAGGGAACAGGAGGAGGAGAAGGUUGAGGAAGAAGAAAACUCUGAGGGCAGCCCAUGUGCCAGAGAACAGCGAUACAGAACAGGAUAUGAUGGACUCCAAACCUGUCCGGAAAGUCAAGGGUGGAAAGGUUCCUAAAGUAGAAAAAGUUACUACAUCUACUCCUCCAAGAGAGGAGGAUGGAGCUACUGCUCAGAAAGCAAAAAACAAAGAUAAGAAUGACAGUGAUGCUUCUCUGGAAGUAGUGGAAUUUUCAGCACCUCAGUGUGAGGUGGUUGAUGUUGGUUCAUCAGAGUCAGGAGAUGAGAAACCAGACAGUCCAUCAAAGAGGGAUUCACGCAGCUCUGUAGAUCAAGCACUCCUAGAGGCAUCUUGCUCUGGUUAUGAUGAAGUGAGCUCCACCAGUGAAAUUGGCACAAAUUAUAGGAAUGAUGGAAAAAGAAGUGUGGCUGAGACACAGACUUCCAUAUCAUCACUCAGAGGAUCAAAGAACUCCUCAGAAGUGUCUUCGGAGCCAGGUGAGGAUGAAGAACCUACAGAGGGAACCUUUGAGGGACACCUGGCUGCAGUGAAUGCUAUUCAGAUUUUUGGGAAUUUGUUGUAUACCUGCUCAGCAGACAAAACUGUUUGUGCCUACAAUCUCGUUAGCAGGAAGUGUGUGGCCAUCUUUGAAGGACAUACUUCAAAAGUGAACUGCCUUCUGGUCACUCAGACAAAUGGGAAGAAUGCUGCACUCUACACUGGCUCAAGCGACCACACUAUCAACUGUUACAAUAUCAAGACCAAAGAGUGUAUGGAACAAUUUAAAUUGGAAGAUAGAGUGCUCUGUUUACACAGUAGAUGGCGGAUCCUUUAUGCAGGCCUUGCAAAUGGCACUGUGGUUACUUUCAACAUAAAGAAUAAUAAACAGGUUGAUACCUUUGAAUGCCAUGGCCCUAGAGCAGUGAGCUGUCUGGCCACAGCUCAGGAAGGAGCACGCAAGUUGUUGGUAGUGGGUUCCUAUGACUGCACCAUCAGCGUGCGAGAUGCACGGAACGGACUGCUUCUCAGAACCCUGGAAGGUCACAGCAAGACUAUACUCUGCAUGAAGGUUGUGAAUGAUCUGGUAUUCAGUGGCUCCAGUGAUCAGUCUGUCCAUGCCCACAACAUUCAUACUGGAGAGCUGGUACGAAUCUAUAAGGGCCAUAACCAUGCAGUGACGGUUGUGAACAUUCUCGGGAAAGUGAUGGUGACAGCAUGUCUGGAUAAAUUUGUUCGUGUUUAUGAACUACAGUCGCACGACCGCUUGCAAGUCUAUGGAGGCCACACAGAUAUGAUCAUGUGUAUGACCAUCCAUAAGAGCAUGAUCUACACUGGAUGCUAUGAUGGCAGUGUCAGAGCUGUGAGGCUUAAUCUCAUGCAAAAUUAUCGUUGCUGGUGGCAUGGAUGUUCAUUGAUCUUUGGAGUUGUGGACCAUCUGAAACAACACCUGCUAACUGACCACACCAACCCAAAUUUUCAGACCCUGAAAUGUCGUUGGAAGAAUUGUGACGCUUUCUUUACUUCCAGGAAAGGUUCCAAGCAGGAUGCUGUAGGACACAUUGAAAGACAUGCUGAGGAUGACAGCAGGAUUGACUCAUGAAGCUUUUCACCUCCCACAUUGGGAAGUAAUUUUAUAUGUCAGAACUAUUCCAAAUAACAUCUGUUUCUUACUCCAGUCUUUCCUCUUUCUUUUCCCACUUGGAAUGCAAAAACUGAGUGGGGCUGAAAUUCAUUGCUAUGGAGAUUGCAGGUUGCGUUGCACCCUGUAGAAACAAGGCUGGUCAAUUAAGAUUUAGCCCAAAUUCUUGCAACUUUUUAAUUCAUUGACAGACAAGAAUAUUGCCUCUUCUUGUCUGCCUCGGGUUUUUUUUUGUUUGUUUGUUUUUGGGGUUUUGUUUUGUUUUGUUUGUUUUGUUUUUGAUUUGUUUUUUGUUGUGGUGGUGGUGGUGGUUUUUUGUUGUUGUUUUUUGUUUGGUUUGGUUUGGUUUGUGGUUUGUUUUUGUUUUUUUUUUUUUGGUUGUUUGUUUUAAGAUGUAUAGUCUUUGGGAAAUCCAGAGGGGUGUUGAAAACUUAGAUUCCAAUAGGUGCUGAUGUUUGCAAACUCAGCUUGAAGCCUGUUUAGUGUCUUAAGACAUGUCUGUUUUUAUGUUGUAUCCAAUUUUUUAGCCGAUUUUGAUAAAAUUCUGCAAACCAGAAUAUCACAAAUUCUAAAUGUAACCUGCAUAUCCGCUGUACAUUUUUACUUUCUUCAUAAAAUGAAAAGGUAUUUUAUGGAGACUGGAAUAAAUUAAUUUUUUUAAUGUUAAUUGUAACUUAUUUUUUAUUCCUUGUGUAGAAAUUGCUAUAACUGGCACAAUAUAUGCAGCGAUAGAUACCAUACCUCCUGAUGUAUUUUGUUUACUUGUGGGAAAGCAGUUAUUUCUUGAGAAUUAUGCCAGUAGCAGCAAAACAGCCAGAACAGUGGCUCUAAUCAUGUGCUUUGCAAUCUUAGUCUUUUUCAAUAGAGGUCUUUACGUACAGGAAAGAAGUAAGUGGUGUCUGCUUUGUUUUAGUUAAAGACCAACAUAACCACUACCGUCUUGAUACAACACCACAGUCGGAUUCCUGAUUUUAUUUGGAAUCUUAGUGACUGAGCUUUGCAGCCCCAUAUCUUCAUGGCACAGCAGACUAAGAGAAACGCAAAGGCACUGCCUGUCCAAGUGCAUCCACUUAGGCAGUGUUUUGUUUCUGUUGUUAACUGUCUUCAUGAGCUUGGGCAUGUCAAGUUCGCAAAAUCUCAGCUGGAAAGGAUGGAGCAGGAUUUUAACAUCUAAAGUACUCAAGCAGAAGCUGAGGAUACAAAAUGCAUAUCACAUGUGAAAGUCUUGUUUCUACUAAUGCACAGAAAGUACCACAGAGAGGCCAGUGCAGAAGGGGAGGCUGCUUCUACUUAUCGUGAUUCCUCUGCAGGUGUCCCUUGAUGGGCAAACGCUUCACCUGUGAAGUUCAGUGAAAUGUACUUCUUGCACUUGAGAUCCUCUCUCCCGUAAUGACACUAAUUUGGCAAAGAACCCUCUUAAUUUUGAGACUAAUCCAGCAAGGAACUUAGUGUUCACUUUUGCCUAACUUGCUGCUCAGGAUAAAGUAAGCACAGUUUCCUUAAACUGUAACAGAAGGUGAAGACAGACCAGUGUCAAACUGAGCUGCUUUAUAAAUGAAUCCAGGGCUUUUCAAGAAAAUUUAAUGUACUAUUUUUAUGAGGCAUCUCUUUCACCACUACUUUGAGACUUGCCAGCCAUAGACCAAGUAAGUUUUAUAGCCUCAUUCUUUGACUGUAAAGAAGCCUUUUUAGGCCAAGAAAGUGAGGGAAGCCCAUGGAUGUUCCACUGCCAUCAAACAGAGGAACUUCAGGGCCUUCUCUGAAGUACACUGGUUUUGUAUUAUCUUAGUGGACAAGCAUUUCUCUGUUAAUUGCUUGACAUUGAUGAUAUUUUUUGUGAGACAGGAAUAAAAUAUGAAGGAGAUGCAGUAGCAUCCUACUUCAGAGACAUGGGAAUCUCUGAGGUUCCAGUGUUCCUGUGGUGAUUUGUUUCUGGUUUUUUGGUUGUUUUUUUUUAUUAUGUUUAUGGAUACGAAAAAGCCCCAAUAUGUGGCUCAGACUUCAGGCUGUUUUGAGAGUGUUCUUGUUUUGGUUUGGGGGGAUGUGUGUUUGUGGUGUUGGGCUUUUUAUCUUUCUUUCUUUCUUUCUGUGGCCUGUGGAUGAAGCAAUUCAAUGAGAAUCUGGUUGAGGGAAAUCUUUAAGCAGUGUAAAUGUUUUCUGAUGGAGACUUUAAUGCUCUAAAGUCUCUGAGAGUGUUUGGUUUUUUUUCAUGACCUAAAAGCAGAAGACUGCAUAAUACUUAAACCAUUUCCAAAAGCGUUGAUAUUCAAGAGUUCUUCUGGGAGUUUUUUAACAACAAGGAGGGAGCAUGUAAGCGUGACGUAAACAAUGUGGAUAUCUCAAGCUGUUCUUCGUGGACUGUGCUUGAAGUGAAGAUGUGGAGGUGUGUCCCAAGGACAAGCAAGUGGGGCAAUAGUAGCAUUCUGAAAAAGGCUGUGUGAGAGUAGAUUUUGUUACUUCCUCAUUGUGAUUCUUCACAUUCUUUUAGCUGUUUUCAGGAACACGUAAAGAUAUUCCUCACUCGCUGUUGCAGCAAACACAGUUAUUACACUUUAUUUGCAUUCCUGAUUGCUUGCUGGGUUUAUCUUUUCUAGUUGGUGGAAGCAGUCUUGCUUUUCUUGUAGUCCAUUAUAUUUCCUAAUCUGUCCUCGAAAACAGUCCUCCUGAGAAGUCUGGGCUUCUGAAGUCCAGCUUUAGCAGUAGUGUCUUUUGCUAGUUUGUAGGUCAUUUCAGAUAUAUUUUAAGAAUCUUAAAAGGGAUAAGAGAUGUGAAAAUAGCAGAGCUGCAUGAGUGGAAAAUUCUGCUUCAUUUUAUAAACAAUUUUUUAAAAUCUUUAGGGGUUCAGAGGAAAAUGCUGCACUGCUUUGUCAAGAGGAAAUGUUGAAAGGAUUUGCUAUGAAGCUGUGCAGCCGUAAAAAUCUCCAGGGUUUUCUGGAGUUCUGUGGAGAGGUUUCCUAUUUGUUCGGGUGGAAUUCGGAGCAGAUUUCCUGUUGGCCAUUCACUUCUUCUGGAGGCAAUUGCAGAAGAGAGAUGCCAAACUAAUGUAUUGGCACAGUAUUCAUUAAUGAGAUUCUCUCUGGUCUUGAAACUUAGAGUUUUGACUCCUGAUAUACCUCCAGUCUAAGAGUGUAAUGACUUUGGGAAGGUGGACUAUUGGUGAAAUUUAACAGAGUAACAUUUGCAUGAAAAGCAGUAUUGCAUGUCUGAAGCCAGUUUCAGGACUAUUUAUUUUUUGUUUUGGUUUGGUUUUUUAUGGAAGUAAGAAGUUGUGGGUGAAAGAGUGAGUAGAGCGAAGGUUUAUUUUGUGAUUAGCUGUGGGAGGUUUUUUUAUUAGUCAAAUAUUAAGUAAUGAGUUCUGGACUUGUUAUAGGGCUGAUUACAUAUGGUAGGGCCUUGUGGCAUUGGUCCAUAUUUGUUUCUCCUUUCUCUUUCAAAUACAGAGGAAAAUACAGCUGUCUGGCAGUGCAGGAUACUCCGUGGCCUAAUGCUGCUGCUUCUGUGCAUGGAGGGGGAUGGAGGGGAAAGUGCUGCAUCCAUUGGUACAAAGAUGCAUUAAAUAUCCCAGCUUCUGCUUGCCUUGUGUCACUUAUGUGUGGAUUACAGACUUUAAACAUAUUGUCAGCACAUAAGUUGACUUCUGCAAACCAGCAGGAGCUUGGCUGUGUGGUGUGUUUGAAGUAGUGCAGUUCUUAGUGCACAUUUUCAAACUGUUCAAUCGUGCCGGAUCAAGAUAAAUGAUAACUGCAAACUCGCAAUAAAUGCCAGGGAAAAUGUUUCUGUUGGGAAAAUAUUUUUAUUUUCCCUUCUGUUGAAUUAAGACACAGGUACAGGUGAAUCUUUUUUUUCAGGCUUGUAUGGUACUAUAAUUUAAACAGUCUUAGUGUCCAGAGCUGCAGAAUAUGUGAGGAAGGAUAAGGAAACGGUUUCAGCUACUGUUUGUAAAAUAAUUAAUCUUCAAAGAGUAAACUGUGUAGGUAUAUAUAUUCUGUUAUAUGCACCUACCAGCUUCUCAAAUAUAAUUUUGCUGUAAUGUUAAACAGUCUUUUUGAAGAAUGGAAAUGGAAUAAAACAACUUGAUUAAAUAUUUAGUGAUUUAAGCUGUGUAGAACAUGUGCACAGAUUGACCCUGGUUUUCUUCUCUCACUUUGGUACAAAGCUGUGAGUGUAAUAAUGAAACUUUACAAGACAAAAAAAGAAAAGAAAAAAAAUAAAGUUCUUUAUAUUGUU